GGAGAAGGGAAGGUGGACAAACACUAGAGUAGAUUUGUAUCAGCAAGCACGUCAUGAUAAAUGUCAUUUAUAUCGACCAACCUUCGUCUCCGACUCUACCAGUCUUGUGGUGCUUCUUGACGAUAUAAUAAAUGUGGCUGACGGUCGAGCUGACGAACAAGGCGAGGAUGAACGCGAUUACGUAGUGGUGGUGAGCCCAAACGUUGAUAUAGAUGGCGUUGAGGAUUGCCAAGAGAGGGAAGCGCCAUCCAAUGCCGUCAAUGGUGAUUUGCUUGCCCGCGUCGGUGAAUUGGUAGAUGACAUAACCGAGCAACAAAAAGUGGAUGAACGACCAGAUGACAAAGGUCCAGCUUGCAGGGGUGAGAUACGUCUCCUUUGUAGACUUGUACACGUCGCCGGGUCCGGCAACCGCAUAAAUGUUGCUGCCGAGGAAAAGGAAGUAGACAAUGAUGUUGACAAUCUAGAGCCAAGAGCAAGGAAAAAUAAUGAGCGACUAGAUCCGAAUAUAGAGGUCACGAUUCGUGGAUCUCAUGGCUUGUUGCACGAUGAGGAGCGUGCCCCACUUGUCGGAAACUAG